AUGCCGGCACUGAUUCAACAGUACGCCAGCGGCCAACCGCUAGUCAAUCAUUUGAAUCAAUCGGCCAACAGGUUUAGUAUGGAUAACAUUAAGGAUACGUUUCGUGAGCACCUAAAUGGCUGGCCGUUUGAUGUACUCCAUGAGCUGGCCCGGGCACUACCUAUGCGCAACAACUUACAAACUAUUUGCUAUGAAGAUCUCGGAUGCUAUUCCAGCAACGACUACCUCCAUGUGCUCGACCGGCCCAUCCAAAUGAUGCCAAUGUCACCCACUGCUAUCGACAUGCAAUUCAAUUUGUUUACCUGCGACAACAAAUAUCGCCCGGUGCUGUUUACCUAUAAACCAGAUGACGAUUCAAUUAUUAAGUCACCAUUUGAUCCGAGAAAGAAAACUAAAUUCAUUAUACAUGGCUUUCGUGACUAUUAUGACGAUAUGUAUUGGAUGGGUGAUAUGAAAGACUACAUACUGAGACGUUCCUGUAAUUACAAUGUAUUUUGUGUGGACUGGUCAAAGGGCGCCAAAGUGACCAACUAUUUGCUGGCAGUGGCCAACACACGGAUUGUCGGUGCAAUGACCGGCCAUUUUAUUGAACGCCUGAUGAACGUUACGAAUGCCAGCCCACGGGAUAUGGAACUGAUUGGCCACAGUCUCGGUGCCCAUAUUGCCGGCUAUGCCGGUGCCCGGUUUGACUAUCCGAAAAUUGCCAAAAUACUAGGCCUGGAUCCGGCCGGACCUGCAUUUCAAACUGACGAAGCAGAUCUCAGAUUGGAUAGAAGUGACGCCGAUUUGGUGGUUAUCUUACAUACCGAUGCCGGUAGCGGUAUGUCUGAAGGGUUCGGUAUCGAAGCAUCGUUAGGUCACUACGAUUUCUAUCCGAACAAUGGUCUCAAACAGAUUGGCUGUGAACUGACUCGCGGUGUGUCCAACUUUUUACUCAAGGGUGCCGAAGGUAUUGUCGACACUGUUAACUGUAAUCAUCGGCGGGCAACUGUACUGCCCAUAUCCGAACCAUCACUGUUCGGCACCUGCCAGCUAAUUGCCUACCAGUGCGAAAGUUACGAACGAUUUUCGGAGGGCGAGUGCGCCGAUUGUGGCCUAAACGAUGACAAAUGUAAACCGUUGAAUCUGGAUACUAACUAUUGGGAUUAUGCCGACCAUUUGGGACCCGACGAGCGCCUGGAGGACACAUCAAGCAAACAACUGUUCCUUCAGACUAGCGAUUUAUUCCGUUUUGUUUAUAUCACUACCAGAUUGUUGUUAGUCUACACCUCCGAAAACAGUACCCUAACUACCGGUUCCAUAAAAAUCUCGUUAUUUGGCGAAAAACGUGACAAAGUGGGCGUCAAAUUGGCCCAAAUGUUGAACCGUUUUCGACCCAAACAACGGUAUACCUAUCUGUUGACUUAUCCCAAGGAUUUGGGUCUAGUAUUGUCGGCCGAAAUUUUCUGGUCGUUCAGUGGCAUCGAUCAGCUGAACCCGAUGUUUAUGAUACGUAAGCCGGGUAUCAAAAUACGUAGGAUUGACAUCAACUUUAUGAGUCACUCAAAUCCCAGGGUUCGUAAAAAUUUUUCAUCCAAAUUGUGUCCAGUAAUGACCCGCGAGAUCAAUGAUGGAGAGUCCGCUAGAUUUCAAAUAUGCAAUAAAUUUGAAAGAGAAAUGAACGAAUGA